AGGAGGCUCGCCACAAUACUGUAAAAUUUGGUCACGGCAAACUGAAAGCGAAGAGCACAGACUUUAUUUAACGUGUUUUGGUUUUGGAAAAGCAGUUAAAAGCGAACAAUGAGGGAAAUGGAGGACGAAUGGUGUAAUGUAAAAGUAUUAGCAGCAGCCUGCUAGCGCUUCACGUAUGUAUGUGUAUGUGUGUAUGAACCCGGGACACGCAGAGCCCUUUUUAUACUCAAUAUUACUACGAAAGAAAAGUGCGAGCACAUUUGCUCAUCUCAACAAAUAUCAAGCAGUCGCUCGGUUGGAUUUAGGCUCGUUUUAUGAGCAAGAAGACAAGAACGGCAGCAAACUUGACUCAGGAAUGACUGACAUCGCUGCAGCAUCGCCACAUUCAUAUAGGACUGAUUGAGUGGAGCUGUGAGCUAGUCAGUGCAUUGACGCUCAGACGGAAUGAUCCAGCGGGGUAAAUAAGUGGAGGAAGAAGGGGGGAGAGGAUGGGUGUGAAUGCCUCCAGCUACCCUCACUCGUGCUCACCUCGAUUUGGGGGUAACUCACAGACCCAGCAGACCUUUAUAGGCUCCUCCUAUGCACCACAGGGUUAUGGCGGCGAGUCCAAGCUCUACAGCCUAGAACAUGGCCCUGAAAAACCUCAGGACAAGAAGAAAAAGAGCUCUGGUUUGGCAACCCUCAAGAGGAGAUUCAUUAAGCGACGCAAGUCCAGUCGGUCGGCUGAUCAUGCACGGCAGAUGCGCGAGCUCCUCUCGGGGUGGGACGUGCGUGACGUUAACGCCCUGGUGGAGGAGUACGAGGGCACGGCGGCACUCAAAGAGCUUAGUCUGCAGGCGGGCCUGGCUCGGCCCGAGGCUCGCACCCUGCAGCAGGAUUUGGCCACCCUUUAUCAGCACAAGUACUGCACUGACGUGGACCUAAUCUUCCAGGAUUCAUGCUUCCCUGCUCAUCGCGCCGUACUUGUAGCCCGUUGCCCAUUUUUCAAGACUCUUCUUUCAUCGUCACCAAGUUACGGGGCCGAGGUGUUGUUGGAUGUUGGCACGGCCGGCAUGGACACGGCCAUGUUCUCCUCAUUGUUGCAUUACCUCUAUACAGGCGAGCUGGGCUCAGAAGAUGCAAGGCUGCAGAACGUGGACGUUCUGGUGAGGCUAAGCGAGGAGUUCGGUACGCCCAACUCCCUCGAAGCUGACAUGCGAUGCCUUUGCGAACACAUGCCGUAUUUUGACUCUUUGCUUAGUUUCUCCUCUGAUUCAGAGCUGGUGGAAGCUUUCGGAGCUGGCGCACCUGCUCCGAGUGGUGGGGGAAUUGGAAGUGCAGCAGUAAGCCACAGCACACCUGAUGAGGAGCUGAGGGCCCACAAGGCUGUGCUUUCAGCCCGCUCGCCAUUCUUCCGCAAUCUUUUGCAACGGCGCAUCCGCUCUGGGGAGGAGAUCACAGAGCGAACUCUGCAGACCCCCACCCGGAUUAUCCUCGAUGAAUCCAUAAUACCUAAAAAAUAUGCCCGUGUAGUCCUGCACUGCAUGUACACAGACGUGGUGGACCUUUCGCUGGUUCUGCGUGGGAGCCCAUCCGAAGGCAGUCUAGGUGAAGUUCAGGCUCUGGUCGCUGGAAGAGGGUGCAUGAGCCGAGCAGAAGAGGCCAUGGAGCUUUACCACAUCGCUCUCUUCCUCGAGUUCAGCAUGCUGGCUCAGGGCUGUGAAGACAUUGUGGCAGAGAGCAUCUCGCUGGACUCUGUUGUGGCCAUUUUAAAGUGGAGCUCACAGCCCUACGGCUCUAAAUGGGUUCAUCGACAGGCCACGCACUUCCUGUGUGAAGAUUUCAGCCAGGUCAUGACCUCCGAUGUCCUGUACGAGCUUACCAAGGAGCACCUGCUGGCAGCCAUUCAGUCCGAUUAUCUGCAGGCCAGUGAGCAUGACAUACUGAAGUAUGUGGUGAAGUGGGGUGAACACCAGCUUAUCAAGAGGAUGGCAGAUAGAGAGCCUAACCUGCUGUCUGGGACUGCGCAUAGUGUGAAUAAGCGUGGUGUGAAAAGAAGAGAUCUGGACCUGGAGGAGCUCAAAGAGAUUCUCUCUCCGCUGCUUCCUUUUGUCCGAACGGAGCACAUAUUACCCGCUAACAGCGAAGUCCUCUCUGACACUAUGAAGAGGGGUCUGAUCAGCACCCCUCCCUCUGAUAUGCUGCCCACAGCAGAGGGAGGCAAAGCCAACUCCUGGCUCCGGCAGAAGAGCGCUGGCAUUUAUGUCCGCCCACGGCUCUUUUCUCCUUAUGUGGAGGAGGCCAAGGCGGUUCUGGAAGAGAUGAUGGUCGAGCAGACCGAUCUGGUCAGGCUGCGCAUGGUGCGCAUGUCCAACGUUCCCGACACGCUCUACAUGGUCAACAAUGCCGUCCCCCAGUGCUGUCACAUGAUCAACCACCAGCAAAUGGCUGGCAGCCAAACAGCUCCACCGUCUGUGGUUGCAAAUGAAAUACCAGUGCCCAGGUUGGCAGUAGUGAAGGAAAUGAUCCGUAGGUUGCAGGAGUUGCGUCACACGGACCAGGUGCAGCGAGCAUAUGCUCUGAACUGUGGUGAGGGCGCCACAGUCAGCUACGAGCUACAGAUCCGCGUGCUCCGAGAGUUCGGACUCCCUGAUGGGGCUGCAGAACUCCUACAGAAUCCACACAAGUUCUUUCCCGAGGAGCGUUUUGGAGAUGAGAGUCCUGUCAUGGCUCUGCGCCAGUCGGGUCGCUGCCGGGUCAACAGUACACCAGCUGUUGAGAGCAUGUUCACUGACCUGGAGACGCUGGUGGGCUUCCGCCCUCCGCUGCCCCCACCACCUCCACCCUACCAUCCCCCUACCAACCCGGGCCACAGCCAGCAGCAGCUUAAAGCAGGUUGGAGACCACGGGUUCCUAGCCAGCCUCCUUCCAGAUCUUUCUCAUACCCCUGCAAUCACGCACUCCUUCAUAGACAACCCUCUUCCAAAAAGGGCAGCCCAGUGUACCCACCAGGAACAAAGCCAUUGCCCCCAGACUGCACCAACGCGCAGGGAGGAAGAAAUCUCCAUCCUGACAAGCAAAUGCAGAACAAGGAACCCGUUAUCAAUGAAUUCAUGCCAGACAUUGCCAUGGGAGUGUCUGCAAUGAGCCUGAAGGAGCGGCGCCUUCCGGAGGUCUCCAUGGAGAUGGAGAGUCACGAACCCCACCUCUCCACCGCUCCGCCCAUCUCCCACAGCUACUCCAGCCGCCACCCGCACUCCUCGCGCAAGCGGCAUGCCGCCGAGCCCAAGCCCGAAGGCCUGCAGCCCGACUAUCCCGAUCUCUAUGAGUUCCCAGGCCGCCAUGUGCCUCCGUACAGUGGACCGGACCUUUACAUCCACAGCCGUCAGGCGGGCAGUGGCCCGCCACCUCCGGCCUACUCUGAGCCUUCAGACCCCCUCCGUCUGGAUGUGCUAGAACAGCCUCCGCAGAGACUAGACUUGGCGAUUGUCUCACAAGGGGGUGGUGUUGCACAGGGUGUGCACAGGUCACGACCUAUAAACGAAACAGAUCUCACCUGUGGACUCGGCCCUUCUUCCGAACAAUAUGAGGAGUGGCCAACGAACCGCCGGUCGGCUCCUGAGGGAAUGGGGCUGGUGUUAGGAGGAAACAUAGGGACUGGGGAAGAGGGAGCGUUGGGUGCACGAGACCGCAGGUCACCCAACAAACCCGACUACUCUUAUAGGAAGUCUGCUCUCUGACCCUUGGUUAAAAAGAGGGGGCGGUGAUAACAGAGAUUAUGGACUGAUAUAAAAGUAUAAGCUAACAGGUGAGGCACCAGCAGUCCUGCACUUUGUGUUCUUUAAAGGGGCCACGGUAUCUUGAAGCGAUGAACGUUGUAAGCUGUGUGGGUGGCUACCUUUUAACAGGUUAAAGGCUUAUGUCACAUCAACUGCUCCAGAUGGGUGUUAAAGUCCAGAGUAUGAGGAGGGCUUGGUUUGGUUUGGUUGUGUGCAGCGUGAAGAGCGAGGAAUAAUCUGCUGCUUGAACAAGUUUUGUCAAGACUGUAAAUUACGAUAAGUCCUCUUUCCCUCCACCUCAUCCGAUGUAUGUAUCGCUGUAUGGUCCUUGACAAUCAAGACUCGAACUGAUUUUGCUCUCUGGGAACUCCAGAUCUGCAUAUUCAUGUACAAAAAUCACAGUACGUUUCUUUUACUGUCAUUCGCCCGACACGAGCCAACAAGGAUGACUGGAAAAUUAUAUAUUUAUCUAGAUGCACACAUUUAUCUUUCCUCAGAAGUAAAUUGGAAAAUAUGAAGGCAAUAAGUUACAAACUUAUUACUUUGUCUAGUCCUUGACAACCCCCCCCCCCUCUUUCCUUUGGAGAAAAGAGUGGCAGUAAUAGCUUGCGUAAUCCGCACCAUUCCCUGGCUUUUACAUUAGCUUGUGCAAUUUAAGAACCUAGAUGGAACAUAAAAGGGAAAACAAAUAAAAUCCCCUGUCUCCUGUGAGGCAACUUCUCAAGCAUAACAAUAGCUCAGAUGCGUCAUCACAUUUGAAGUGUGUUGCAUUUUAUUGUUCCACAACCCAGAUCUGGAGUCAUUCCUGUGUGUAUUUAACUUAAAAACCGUCUGUCCACUAUAACAAAAAUUGCCCCCUGCUUUCAUUCAGGUUGUCUUUGUUCAAGACUGCAGUUCCUCAGAGAUGCUUCACUUCCUGUCUUGGUCUUGGUGGGUUGAUUAUUGUCAGCCUCAUAUUCAAUCAAGCUCAAUCAAAGCGAUCUGCAUCCUCAGUCCUCUGGGUGCCAGCGGUCCACAAGGCAAGAAUUCAAUUGCUGUUCUGUAUUAGCGAAUGAGUGAGCAGGUGACCAACAAUUAUGAUGUCAAAAACAGGCCUUGCAAAAAAAGAAGCGUCACGGAUAAGGAUUUCGAGAGAUUUGUUUUCUUUAUUUUACGGUUUGUUAGAUAAUACUUCACAAUACAAUAUCAUACACUGCUGUUUUAACCUUUUUUUCAACUGUGCAAAAACAUUUAUUUUAAUAUUCAUGAGCUUUUUCUUCUUGUACAAUAAGAUUCUUUCUCAGAUGAUGCUGACACAGCAAAUAUGCAGGCUUAAGCUAAUGAACAAUACGUCAUGGUACUGUAUUCUCACACACUUCAAGUAAACGGUUAUAUAAGGACCAGGAGGGACUUCUGUUGAAUAUUCAGUCAUCAGCCACAUUCAUCCCACGUUUAGUUAGAGCACAGGAAGCCUUUUGUUGGUUUGAAAGCACAAAAAUACUGAGAAUGUCUGAAUUAUUUUUGGUCGGAUACAAGUGCUCGGUUUGUUAUAUUUAAGUAUGCAGGCCCUAUGAGUUGUUGGUUGUUAGGUUGAAUUAACAGUUGGGUUCAGAUUUUUUGCUUCAGCAUAGAAGGAACAUUUCUCAUCCUCGUCAUGUAUUGUUCUCCAUACCCCAGGCACUUUGAGCAGCAGAAAUGGCCUUAAAAUUUGCCUCUCCAGGUGGACCAUGGGGGUUAAACUGCUAUAUCUGCAGCGAUGGCCUCAUGACCUUCAUCUUGAAUCGCGUAAGGUCUCCUGUGCCACAGAGAGCGACUCUUUCUGCACGGUCUCUACCCCUGUCCAUGUUCUUCGCAGUCCAUUCGAUUUUCCCUUUCUCCUCCUUUAUAUUCUUUUCAAAUUAUUCAGACCUCUCGAGUUUCACCUUGAACAUUACCAUCCCGGGACUGGAGCCAACAGCUGGAAAUCACAUUUUCUCCACUUUUUCGCUUCUAUUUCCAUGAGGUCUUGCCGUGUUAUUCGAUUGAAGAGUCAACAUAACCGCACAGUCAAAAUGGUCAAAUAAAGAGUUUUCUAGGGGAAUUUGAGGAGCGAUGGCUGUAGCUGACGAAAAUGAUCCACCCCAUCUCGAAGAAUCAUUUGUGGUUACUAAAUCUACAAUUGACGUUCGUAUUAUUAAUGACAGGAAGCGAUUAUUCUCCAUCUACCCGUGAACUUUGUUCAGAACUGUUAGCUGUGGCUGCACUCCUGUAAACAUGUCCUGCACCUGUAACACGCUCCUGUUGCAACCCGUCAAACCUGAUGGUGUCACGAACCUGACAGCUGUAGUGUGUGAUCCUGUGUAGCUCAAGAGGUUCAGAUCCCAAAUUAGAUCUGAUCUCAGAGGGUCAUCUGAAACUGACCGAGAUCCAUACAAGGCUUUUAAUGCAAACGCUUGUAUCCUCUGAAUGUCACGGAUGUAGUUCUGGAGAUCUGUGAAUGUCACGCAGGCUGUUCACAUGCAAUGAUUUUUGGUCCCUGAUGCAAAUGCUUUAUUCGGCAUAUAAAUUAAAUGAAAAACUGUAUGUUUUCAACAGUGAUGGUUUAGUACGUAUUCGUUGGCUCUCUUUAAAUGCAUUGAAUCGCAUGUAAUGCAGCCUACUUCCCUGACCUUAUUCACGUUCCUCGGCUAAGAAAAGCAGGGUGAACUUAUUUAUCAUCUCACCCUUGCUUCAUAAAUAGACAGUUUACCUUGAAUUCAUUUCUUUUGAAAGACACAAGAGCAUGCGGCGUAGUCACAGAAACCUUUUGACCUUGUUCCAGCAGACUUCACGUCAGCGUGACAGUGAAAACUCAAUCUAGCUGACACACGAGCUGUUUUACCGGCAGCUCACGUUCUUCUUUUGAUGUGUCAGAAGCUCUGUCUAAAGCUUUUUCUCCGGUCAUUCAGAUUCUCAGUGUUUUAGAUUGUAGCUCAGUAUUAUGCGCCUCCCACAUCCUCAUAUACUGAUGUUGUUUUGAACUGGGUCAGCUGUGGUCUGUUGAGAAAAAACCCUCAGUAAUGACAUUUUUCCUCGUCGCAUACUAGUUUUGAUUUUCCAGCCUAGUGCAUUAUCUAUAACUACAAGCAUCACGUAAUUGGCACCAGCACUUCCCUCCGAGGCAGCCGGGAGGAGAUUUGAAAGUCUGUCGUGUCGUUUUAGCGAAUCGCGCGGGCUGCAUAGCCAUGACCCAAAAUCGACAGAUGGAUAUUUAGGCCCACUGCUGCUACUCUAAGGUUUUUCUGCCAGCGGAGAAUAUCGUUCCUUGACGUCAGCGCCGAUCCCCGCAAAGGCUACAACAUAGUCCUGUAUAGACCCAGCCAUGCCUUAAUCUUAAAGGGCGAUUUGGUUAAACUCCUUGGAUUGCCUCUGCUUUACUCAGGCCAUGUAUAACUCAUUUAUUUCAUGUUAUAUAACAUUGAAUGUGUCACAUGUUCACAUAAGGGUUUUAUUUUUGAUUGCUGUAAAAGUCAUUGCACACGGUUGAAGGUAUUAUUUUGUAUUUGAGAGAUGCACGCUGACCUCGUAAUGAAUACAUUUCUAUCACAAAUGCUUUUUGCGGUCAUCUGGGAGAACCAAGUUGAAAUGCAUUUGACCUCUCCCAGAUGAGGAGCUCGAUGCAUUAAGUGUCCUGAAGGACUUGUGAACAUCUUACUGGCACGUUCUGGGAUGUAACAUUUUCAUUACGUAAAAGAAUGAUGGGUUGAGUUUCGGAGGGGAUGAGUUUGGCCACCGUACUUGACAGCUUAUGCCAAGGAGUAAAAGCUAGUACAGAUGAAGGUACCCAUUGCACUAAAAUUGUAAUUAGUAACUCUUUUUGAUGGUAAUGCGUGAAAGAUUUGUUGUGGAAUAGUGCCCUCUGUUGGCUCUGAUUUAUUUUGACUGAAAGUUCUGUCUAUACAGAUUCGCAGUUGUUUUACAGAUUCAUUCCUUAUCAUUUUAGUAUUAUACUUGCAUGGCGUUGCGUUAUUUAUCUCCAAAGUGCCGCAAGGCUGUAUGAACGAAGGUUUGUUCGGAUGUGUGAAGGGCAAGGGAAGUUCUGUUUGCAGAUUUGUAAAUCGAGAUCUCCAGGUUCUCUUUUGUGCUAUCUCUCUUAAGGAGACGAUUUCGUGCCUUCCCUGCCUGAGGCUGGGCUUCCUCCACACCCUUUUGUCUUAUGCAAGCCGUUUCUACAAACCUCUGUUAAACCGUCUCUUUGUAAUACUGUAGCCAACGCUUAGUGUGCAUAAUGUUUAUUUUGAUUUUUUUUUUUCUUUAAAAAAAAUAUUUUUCAAGAUUUUUAGUACCUUGGAUCACAGGCCUCAGAAAUAUGGUGUUUUGUUGUAUGUAAAAUGUAAAGUUUUUAUAAAUAUAUAUAAGACAUGCGAUAUCUAUUUGAGACAUUUUGUGUGUGCGUGUGUAUAUAUGUUUGUGUAUAUACGCGCACAUAUACAGAAAAGCAUUUUUUUGUGGAGUUGUGGAAAGUGUCUAUUUUUCUAUUCUUUUCUUUGGCCGGUGUAGUUAUGAACUUUGCUCUCCAAUUAGGUGACUAACGUCUUGGAAAUAAAUAGUUUUGAGUUAUAAUGCUGUUUAUUUGUCGUUUUUAUUCAUUCAAGCAUUUCAGAUCUCAGGUGCAAUAAGCAACACUUUGCUGUUGAUUUUAUGCUAUUGACGCAUUGCCAAGUAGGAGGAAAAAGCUUCCAACAUGACAGAUUUGAAUACAGGUAAUUGUAGUUACACCUUGUAGAUGCUCUAUUUUAUGCGUUUUAAAAAAUAAAGUUCUUCAAUCUAGAGACCUUGAUAAGCGUUUAGCAUAUUAUUUUUUUUUACUGUGUAUAAUUCUCAUAUUUUUUAUUUUCAUCAUUUUAAAAUUCUGUUGACAUACACAAAGUUCCAAGCCAAAAAUACACUGAAAUGGUGUGCAAAGCUCAGGAUUACUUGAUUGAUAAAUCACAUCACAUAUUACUGACUUGUUCAUAUAAAUCGUAAUUGUCAUCAACUCGAGAACAGAAUUUCGGCAACGCAUUACAAUAAGGUUGCAUUUACUAACAUUAGUAAAUACAUUAACAAUGAGCAG